AUGGGACGACCCUUUCUGAGCUCCAUACCGCAUAGCUCCCGAUACAUGCAUAACCUCCGAUACCGUUGUAUGAUAGUGGCUUGUAUCCUUGCUCUUCUCCAGCAACAAUAUCUAUACACAUCUUAUCGUCUGUCAUUAGCAGCUAAGUACUCGCCUACAACAUUCAGCUUCGAUUAUCAGGCCACGCGCGCAUUGCUCGAAAAGCCGGUCAAUCAGGAGACUUCUUUCCAACAGAAUCUCAUAGCACAUCGAGCGCUGUGGAAGGUGCUUGGAAAGGGAUGGGAAGGGACUGUAUACACGUACAACGAGUCCGUGAUCAAAACGUUCUUACCCCAAAGCCCUUUGCGUAACUGCGCGCCAGGAGAGGAUAAUGUGAAAUGGCCUACUGAGAUUCCAGGAAAUCUUUACUUUGGAGGCACUGGGCUGGGAAAUCAAAUCGAGGACGAUUCGCAAACCACGAGAAAUCGUACCUCAGACGGCUUCCUACCGGUCGAGGGCUUCUUCAAAAUUUCGACUUCUCCCUCUGAUCCUCCGGAAUGGCAUUUGGUGACUCCAUUACUAAGAAAUGGGAACCUGAAUACGCUUGCGAAGAAACUUUUGCAGGAAGAGCAGAGUAAAACUGUUCACGAGAGAGACGUAAGGUUCCGUCCAGCUUUCAACCAGCUACUCGUCACUUUGGACACCCUCCACAGCUCCGGGUACUGCCACGACGACAUCAAGCCAGACAACAUAUUCGUCCGGGACGAAUCCCACUGGGUAUUGGGCGAUCUGGGCAACUUGCGAAACAUCUUGCAUCCUUAUCACAAAUCACGACUAUGGAAGAGCAAUCAACAACUUGCAGACUGCCGUGCAAACGACACUAUCCGACUAUUAAAAUCCUAUCUCAAGUUCAUUCGAUCAUCGCUUGACGCUGAUUCUUUCAACAUGGAGCUCUAUGACGGCCAAGCGCCCCUCGGCAGACUGUUCUGGUGGGCGCUUGCAGACGCACACACCCUGAGUGCAGUUGAACUGCAGAGACGAUCACUCAUCGAGAAUCCCACGUCGCCAAGUGAAAAUUCCAUGAAUGAGGCAUCAUUCGCACCUGCCGUCCAUCAACAUCUCUGGAGUCUGAUCCCGCGCCGGACAGCGCUCAGAUAUGCCGCUGAUAGGAUCUUGAUGACACAAAUGAGUGAGAAGGCGGCGCGUUGGUGGGCUAUGGUCUGGUUGUUUGGCGUGCCUGUCCCGGAUCUUUGCGGAGUUUGA